UUGGAAGCCAUAUUGAAAUUCACAGCCGCGAUUUGGAAGAAUUUUAUGACCAGUAAUACUUUUCAUGGUUCAGAAAUCAACGAUCUACGAUGCCAGAUACUUUCAUCUGCGGUGAAUGCAGCCAGUGUUUCUUUGACAUCAACCAGUUUGUGGAACACAAGAACAGUGCCUGUGAUGUCUCUGUUAGCGGUGAGGGGCAGGAGGAACACAAGCACCUGGUAGUGACCACUCUAGGAGAGGCGCAGGCAGUGGCCAUUGUGGAAGAUGGUGGUGGUGGUGGUGAACCUAAUGGGACUGUUGUCACUGCACAAGUGACUGAGGUAGAAGCUGAGGAGGAAGUACAUGAUGUCCCAAUUAUUCUCAAUAUUUCUGGUCCUGGAGGAGAGGAGCAGUCAGUUAAAGUACAAAGAGCUCCAGCUCCAGGAACUGGCAGAAGAGGGCGUGGUAGGCCACGCAAAGGAGAGGAAAAGAAUGCACCGAAAGAAAAAAAGGAAGAAGAAUUGACCCCAGAGAAGAAGAAAGCAAGUGUCCCACAAAUAGGUCCAGAUGGCAGAUUUCUCUGUGUUCGCUGCAACAAAUCCUUCACUAGAGAGCGCCACUUCAACUCCCAUGCCUGCCUGGCCACUGGCGACUAUAUUGACAUCACCAGGAAGGAAGUCAUUAACAAGCUGAGUGGAGAGGUUGGAGGGAAUGAAGCAGUAGAGGAGGGCGAAGAUUUGGAUGAGGAUGAGGAUUAUAAGGAGGAGGAUGUGGAGGAGGAGGAGGAAGAGGAAGAGGAAGAUGACUUAGACGAUAAGGAUUACACAGGUAACCAGCAAACAAGAAGAGGAAGGAAAAGAGCACGCAAAUCUCUUGCAGACUCCCCACCAGAAGGGCAACAGCCACCAGAAAAGCUGCCCCGAACCUUUGUCCUGCCUUUCAAAUUAGCCGAUGAGUCCACCGGUGCAAAACUGACCAAAAGUGGACGCCCCAAACCCGCAGUGGUUGGUGAUCAUGUGCCACGAGUACGGGAUGAUAUCCCAGAUGUCCCGGUGUUUGCAGAUGAGAAGGAAAAGGACGAGUUUGACACCUAUUUGGGUGGUAUUGAUCUAGGAGGCUUAGUGGAUGAAAUGUUCAAGAUCCAUCGUAUUGAGCAAGAUGUCAGUGAGGAAGCUAUAGCUCCCAACCCCACUCCCAGAGGGAACUUCCACAGUGAGCUCAGUAUCUACUCCUGCAAUGUGUGUAACAAGGUUUUCAAGACCAUCUCCCACAUGAGAAACCAUGUCCUGAUUCACACUGAUAUCAAGCCUUACAAAUGCCUCAAGUGUGACUUUGCUGCUAAUGCUAAAGGUAACUUGUACACCCACAUGAGAAAACACACAGAGCAGUAUUACCGGUGUCUCUACUGCGACUUCAAGACUGUCAACAAAACCCAUCUGGUGGAACACGAGGGGAUUCACACCAGUUUUAAAAACAGGUGUGAGCUCUGUCGUAGGAGCUACAACACCAACAAGUCUCUGCUCAACCAUGUUAGGAAGUACCAUAACCGUACAAAGAAUGGAAAAGAAUACCUUCGGCAGAUAAGUGGGCAGCACCACACUAAGGAUAAUGCUGUUUUGUACAUGUGUCAUGUAUGUAAUCGCAAAUUCAAAAAGAAGGUAGAUCGAGACCGUCAUUUGUUUGUCCACGACAUCAAGAACAACCCCAAUGUGUAUGCCUGCUUUUUGUGCGACCACACUUCCAGUCGUAGGGUUUACUUCGAGAAGCAUGUCAACAAGCAUCGUGUUGUCUUCCGCUGCUUUUACUGCCUGAAUAUGUUUUCAAGUACCAUCCGGCUGCAAGAACAUGUAGUCCAAGAACACCCCGAAGAAAGUGCAACGUUCAUGUGGGACGUGAUAUUCCCACAGUGCAUCAAUGUUUCCCUGUACCUACCAGAUGCCGAUGAACUUGAACUCCUUACACUGGGCCCUCUCAUGGAAACCCUGGAUGUGGAAUCUGCUGCUGAGGCUGUUUUGGGAGCUGGGACAAGUACAGAUAUUGCAGCUAAUGCAACCACUGGGGAAGAGCUCUUGGAUUCCAUAGAAAAAAUUGAAGCAGAGGCAGGUGCUAAACACGAGGAUGAAGCUAAAGGCGAGUUAUCUGAGCAGAAGGGAAAAGACGAAGGAAAUGGUUUGGAAGAUGAAGGUCAGGAAGGUGAAGGUCAAGGGGGUGAAGGUCAGGUAGCACAUGGCCAAGAAACCCAGGCCCAGUCUCCUCAGAAGGAGGGCAGAAUUGAAGAAGGUCAAGAUGAUGUUGAAGCUGAGAAAACUAGUGCCCAAUCUAGAAGCAGGAAGGAAGUAGAGAGUGUCCUGAAAAAGCUGAAGUAUCGUGUUAUGAAUGUAGAUGUCUUCAACAAGAUUCGUCAGAUGUAUGGAAAUGAUGAGUGUGAAUUUUGUGGCAAACUUUUCCACACCAAGAAUGAAUAUGAAUCUCACGUUAGGACACACACAGGUGAGAAGCCAUUCCAGUGCGACCACCCUGAGUGUGAGUAUAAAGCAGGUACAAAGGACAACCUGCGGCGUCACGUGGAAAAGGAACACGAGAACAUGACUUAUCAGUGUCCGGAAUGUGACUAUGAGGGAGUAAAUCGCACACAGCUGUGGAACCACAUGCAGAAGCAUAAGAGCCGGCCCUUAGAGUGCCCUGAAUGUCAGGAAGUGUUUAAUGGUAAGAAACGUUUGAAGAGCCACUUGCGUAUCAAGCACCCCGCCUACACUGCAGAGGAUAUCAGGAAAGCCUGUACCAAUGUUAUGAAGAGGCACAAUAAAUUAGGCCGAAGAUCUGUCAAGUGUCCGUACUGUGAGCGUAUGUUUUGCGCCACUAGCAAAGACCUUCAGAAACACAUUUGGAUUCACGAGGGCAUCAAGCCGUACAAGUGCCACAUGUGUCAGUACGCGUGUCGUAGCAAGAACAACCUGCAGUCCCAUCUGCUGCGCCACUCCUCGGAGAAGCCAUUCCAGUGCAAGGAAUGUGGAAAGGCGUACAAGUCCAGGACGGCACUCAGGUGGCACGUCAGGGCUCACACUGAUGGAAAGAAGUUCAAGUGUGAGAAGUGUCCCUACGAGGCCACUCAGCACAGCCAUCUCAAACGGCACAUGGAGACCCAUGACAUAAUCAAGAGAUUUGUGUGUGAGCACUGUGACUUCUCGGCCAAUACCCUGGGCUACAUGAAGAUCCAUUAUACCCGCUUCCACAAGGGAGCCGUAUUCAAUGCCAACACUGCCACACAGAGGGGCACAACCCACCUCAAUACCAAGGUGUAUAAAUGUCUUAGCUGUGACUACCUUUUUGGGAACCUGUCUGACAUGAAACGUCACCUGAAGAUCCGUCAUCAUAUAGAUGUUGGUGACAUCUCGGCCCUGGAUAAUGCCGAGAUCACCAGGAUCGUCACAGCCGAUGGAGCAGAACAGGUUCAGGUGGGGUGA